AUGACUGAAGUCGUGGCUCGGCAAGCAGCCCUCAUCGCUCCUUCAUCGCGACAGGAUGUCGUAAGCGAGCUUUUGGACGACUAUACCUACGAAGAUUCAUACAACUCAGAGGAUAUAUCGCCAAAGCCAGCCUUAGCACCUGCGUUCAAGGAGCUUCCUGCGCCUCCACCGCGGACAGAUAGCCUCAGGGAUCCAAAGGCAGAAGCUAUCCAGCGAAUGAACACAAAGUUCCAAUUGCGAGAAGACGACACAUCGUCCAUCUCCUCGCAUGGCUCGCGUGACAGCUCAUUAGAUCAGACACCAAGAACGCACAUCACGUCACGCAGCCUUUCCCGCUGCACGACGCCACCCUCCCUUAAGCUUUUCGUCAGCAACGGAGCGACCGCCCAUAUGCCGCCCACUCCUAGGGUAUACCCACCAGUCAAGACAAUCCCCUCCUCGAUCGCUCCUGAUAGCAAAGAACUACCGCCGCCGCCGCCAGAACGCUCAAUCGAUCGUAAAGAGAUCCAAGCCCAGACUCAAGGCCAUCAGCCUUCAAGGAGCGAGCUUGAGCGCAACGAUUCUUUCCACUCUCAAAGCGAAGGCAGGCCUUCGGAAGGAGUCCCAUCUGAAACAGCUGGUGCAGCACCACUAGUCCAGCGAAAAGCCGUUCCUGGAGCGGGCAUCAAGAAAUUUGUCGGUUUGUUUGAACCGAACAACGGACCUCGUGGCGGCAAACCUGCUCCUGCUCCAACCUCCGCUCCACGGGAGGCGAGCAGUGGUCAGGAAAUGGGCGCCGCUCACAGCUCGAAUGCCGCACCAAGCAAGAUACCGACCAGGAAAGGAAUUGCUACCAGCAACCAGCUACCGCCCACGCCGCCAGAAGAGAAGAAUGUACCGUCUCCGCCUAGCAAGGCUUUUGUGGUAGCUGGUCUGCCAUCCAACCCUCGUACCAAGCAACCGAUGUCACCUCUCCACGCUCGUGGUAAGAGCAGCACAGGCUUCAACAUUUUGAAGGCUCAGCGACCCGCUCCUCCUAUUCCUACAACGAGAAAGGAGGUCACCACGCCCGAAAUGACUCCAUCCCCAACCCUGAAGCCGGAAUUCCGUAUCGACACCGACAUCUCUCCUAUGAAACCCCUCCCACCGCCAACGGAGCCUUGCCGAUCGUUGAGCCACGAACAAAGCGAGCAGCAGGAAGGCUCGCCCAAGCAGCUGGAGGCUUCAAAGAAAGAGGCUGAACAACUCGCACCCCCAACCAUCGCCCCACCAGCACCAACACCCCCAGCUCGAUCCUCGUUCCCCUCGCGAACCACAUCUCUCGACCCGCCCGAGCCCAGCCCGUCCGUCCGACCUUUGACAGCCCCAGCGCCACAAUCCACCUUCCCGGCCACACACCCAUCACCUCCCACCUACACCUUCCCGUCGCCGGACCCCUCAGAGACGCCCUUCAUCCCGCUAACGCAGCGCGCAAUCCCGCUGAGCGUGACGUUGAUCCCCCAAAUCACCGCCUCGCAACUCGCCUGCUACACGCACCACGCCACCACCCUCUGGUCCAACAACGUAUUUCAGCCCAUGGGCUGCAUGCUCUGCCACGCAAACGAAAAGGACCGCAAGUGGAUGUGCACCUGGUGCCAGCUGCGCAUCUGCCGCGCCUGCAGCGAGGACCUGUGCGCCCUUCCUGGCCGGGACUUGGCCCGCUUGCUGGAUGCGCGGCGUCGUGACAAGGCGGAGACCGAGCCCGAGCCCGAGCCCGAGCCCGAGCCCGAGCCCGAACCUGUGGAUCUCGCUGACCAUGUGCACGAGCGUGUCGACGCCAGCGAGGAACUGGCUGGUGACGGGUCUGAGCGGGGUCGCUCGAUGGUGAGGAUUAAUUCAAGAGAGAGAGAGGCGUAG